AGUUUUUCCUUUAAAGAUCUUUGUUGUUUUGGCUGGCUUCUGAAGAUACGCACGGAGUUUCUUCCUUCAGAUCCGAAGAAAAAGGUUGAGAAAUCUGAAUAAAAUUAAAAUAAUUGAAAACAGAGAGAGAGAGAGAGAGUCCUACUGCUACUACUACCACUGCUUGAUAUUUGUCAAAACGACCCUUUGUUCCUGUCGCUGUUUUUUCCUGUGUAUGUUUCGGUCGUUUCCAUGAUUCAAAAGUUGCUGCUUUCUAUUUACCGGCCAUCGAGUCAUUUGUUGAAUCUUUGAGAAAGGAGUAGAAGGGGAAGAAGAAGAAGAUUCGGAUGUGUGUAGUUUGGUAGGUGAGAAAUUUGGCAAAGAGUGUAAGAGAACGGCAAUUGUGGGCGUGUGUGUGCGAGUGCUGGGGCAGAUCUUGCUCAUUUGAAGCUACAAAACAAAGACUCUGGACGAUUAUCUGCUUCGAGACUCGGUGAAUUGGAAGUAGUGUGAGGGGAAAAAAAACACUGUUUAUUUGUCUUCGAGUGCACAACGUUAAUUUCCGACCGGUUGAGAGAGCAACAGCGUAGGGGUUUCGAUUUCUGUAAAGCUAGAUUUUCGAUGCUCGUCAAGGUUGCUGACAAAAACAAAAAAAGGGACGUGAAGCUACUCACAACUGAAUUCAGGGAAAAGAAAGCUUCCGCAAUGUUGGGAUUCCGUGGAAUUGCGGCUUUUGGUUUCGUAUUCCGUUAGAAUCCUCGCUUUGCUUCUUAGGGGGUUUUGGGAAGGAUAUUCUGGAACUCCUAUCUGGGUUCACUGUUUUCAAGUAGCGCCAGCUGAUACCAAUUUUUCAGUUUUCGCUUUGAUCAUAUAUUUUCUGGAAGGGUUUACUAAGAGAUAACCAUAAAAAAGGAGAGGGGUUUUCAUGCUCUGAAAAUCAGUGAAUUAACCGCGAAUUGUUACAAAAUCUCUGAACAGAAAUGAUUACAUUUAUGGAUUCGAAGGAGAAGUUAAAGGAGGUGGAAAAGUGCUUAGAUCCUCAACUAUGGCAUGCCUGCGCCGGUGGAAUGGUGCAAGUGCCCUCGGUUAACGCCAAGGUCUUCUACUUCCCUCAGGGGCACGCCGAGCAUGCCUGCGGAAAUGUCGAUUUCCGGAGCUGCCCGAGGGUUGUGCCGUUUAUUCCCUGCAGAGUUUGUGCUGUGAAAUACAUGGCCGAUCCCGAGACCGAUGAGGUUUUCGCCAAGAUGAGACUGGUUCCGGUGAAUGCCAAUGAGCCGAACUUUGAAGAUGAUGGGAUUGGAGGAAUUAAUGGGUCUGAAGCGCAAGAAAAACCGGCCUCCUUUGCAAAGACGCUGACUCAAUCGGAUGCCAACAAUGGCGGGGGUUUUUCUGUUCCACGGUACUGCGCGGAGACGAUCUUUCCGCGGCUGGAUUACUCGGCGGAUCCCCCUGUUCAGACCAUUUUAGCUAAGGAUGUUCAUGGAGAAACGUGGAAGUUUAGGCAUAUCUACAGGGGAACGCCUAGGCGGCAUCUUUUGACGACGGGAUGGAGUACUUUUGUGAACCAUAAGAAGCUUGUUGCGGGGGAUUCGAUAGUGUUUUUGAGGGCAGAGAAUGGCGAUCUUUGUGUUGGCAUUAGGCGGGCCAAGCGGGGAAUUAGUGGUGGACCGGAGAUGACUUCCGGGUGGAAUCCGGCAGGUGGGAGUUGCGCCAUGCCAUUUGGUGGGUUUUCAGCAUUCUUGAGAGAGGGUGAGAGCAAAUUAAUGAGGAAUUGUAACGGUAAUGGAAACGGUUCGAGCUCGAAUGGGAAUUUGAUGGGUAGGGGGAAAGUGAGGCCCGAAUCGGUUAUUGAAGCUGCAACUCUUGCUGCCAGUGGGAAGGCAUUCGAGGUUGUUUACUAUCCCCGAGCGAGCACGCCGGAGUUCUGCGUGAAGGCUUCGAUGGUGAAAGCAGCAUUGCAGAUCCGGUGGUGUGCAGGAAUGAGGUUCAAGAUGGCUUUUGAAACUGAAGAUUCUUCGCGGAUAAGUUGGUUCAUGGGAACCAUUUCUUCUGUGCAGGUUGCCGAUCCCCUGCGCUGGCCCGAGUCACCUUGGCGGCUUCUCCAGGUUACGUGGGAUGAACCAGACUUGCUCCAAAAUGUGAAAUGUGUAAGCCCAUGGCUGGUAGAAUUGGUAUCGAACAUGCCAGCCAUGCAUCUAUCGCCCUUCUCACCACCACGGAAGAAGUUGAGGUUGCCACAACUCCCAGAUUUUCCCCUUGAUGGUCAACUUCAAAUGCCGAUAUUUUCCGGCAAUCUCCUUGGGCCCAGCAGCCCAUAUAGUUGUCUACCCGAAAACACUCCUGCUGGCAUGCAGGGAGCCAGGCAUGCUCAUUAUGGUCUAUCAUUAUCAGAUCUCCACCUCAAUAAACUGCAGUCAGGUCUGUUUCCAGCUGGUUUCCCGCGACUUGAUCAUACUGCUACACCCGCUAGAGUCCCAAAUAACUCAUUAUUUCAAAAGCCUAGCAUGAGUGAGAAUGUUUCUUGCUUUCUAUCCAUGGCACAUUCACAGACUCCGAAGAAACCUGAUGAUGUCAAGACACCUCAGUUUGUACUUUUUGGUCAACCAAUACUUACAGAGCAGCAGAUCUCUCUGAGCUGCUCUGGAGACACAGUCUCACCAGUUGGUACUGGAAAUAGUUCGUCGGAUGGAAAUGCAGAUAAAGUGACAAACUUUUCUGAUGGUUCUGGAUAUGCGCAUAACCAAGGCAUAGUUGAGCGCUCAUCCUGUGAAGGUCUCCAAUGGUAUAAAGAUAACUGCCAAGAAACCGAGCCCAAUUUGGAGACUGGUCACUGUAAAGUCUUCAUGGAAUCGGAGGACGUGGGUCGCAGUCUUGACCUUUCGUUACUUGAAUCUUAUGAGGAAUUGUACAGAAAACUGGCCGACAUGUUUAGCAUAGAAAAUUCUGAGGCACUGAGCCAGGUGCUUUACCGGGAUACUACAGGCGCAGUCAAACUGAUGGGAGAUGAACCGUUCAGUGACUUUAUGAAAACCGCAAGGAGGUUAACAAUUUUAAUGGAUUCAAGCAGCGACAAUGUAGGAACGUAGAGAAAGCAAUAAAAACUUCAUUUCAAUUGUACAGCUGGUUGGUCAAGUCCUUUGGGUUGCAAGCUUGGGGCUUUCUUGAUUCAUGUUUUGCUUCCGCAUUUCAGCGUCAUAUAUAGACCAUAGUUCAUUAAGAAUUUUGGUUGAUAUUGUUUCUCUGCAUCUCUCUCUUCUUCAAUUUUUUGUUUUUGCAGACAAAUCCUAAAAGUGCUAGAGGUUUGUAGGAAAUGGUCUGUUUUUGAGAAGAUGCGGAUGAAAAUAUUUAAUGUGAAUGUGGGGUUUCGAAGCCGAUCCGAGGUGAAAUAAUGUCUGUUCCUUGUGGUUUAUCUUUCUUAUCAGAAAUGUAUAUUGAUUUUCUUGCUGCCUGUAACCAGGAUAUUAGUUAAUCAAUCAAAUGAAAAAGGCAUGAGACAUUUGAAUUACUUA